AUGAGCGCUGCCACUGACAACAAGGGUCGGAUCGCCAAUGUCGACGCUACAUUGACUAGCGUCAUUGGCCAGCUCGAGACGGAAGCGAAUGUGAAGAAGGCCAUCCGCGAAUCCCUCGAGCCCAUCGAAGAAUUCUCCCGAUCCGCUCUGACCGAGCUCAACAAGCUUCACUCUGCUCCAGCCUCGGAUCAAGCAGCGAUCUGCGAACGAUGCCUCGCAACAGUCGCCAAGGCCCAACCCCUCUGGGCGGACGUGAGCAAGUUGAUCCCCAAGGGCGAGUUCUACCGCUACUCGUUCGCCAUUGGCCCGCUGUGCCGGUCUUUUGUCACCUCGAUAGCGUUCGCGCGGUUCAUUCUGCACGAUGAGCUCGUGCCUGCGUUUACUGCCGCCAACCUCAUGGGACUGGGAGGAGACGAUACUGGAGAGCUACAGUUGACAGCGGACGAUUACCUCCAGGGUGUCAUCGGGAUGGUGAAUGAGCUGCCUCGUUUGUCUAUCAACGCCGUCACUGCCCAGAAUUUUGCUCUGCCCGUCAAGAUCGCCGCGUUCGUCAACGACGUGUUCCAGUCAUACUCUCUGCUCAACCUCCGGAACGACCAGCUCCGACGGCGGUUCGAUUCGCUCAAGUACGACUUGAAGCGGUGUGAGGAUGUGGUGUACGAUCUGACGUUGAGGGGAUUGACGGCGGGUACUGCCGCCGAGGCAAACGGGGAGAAGACGAACGCCUGA